AUGCAAAAUCUUGGUGCAGCUGCUAUUGUGGAUGACGCGACGCGACUGGAUAUGACGCGUUGCCGCCUCCUUUUCGAGCUCACCACGCCUUUCCCUCUUGCCGGUCAACUUCUUCCACUCGUAAUCACAACCUUCUGGCCAUCCGCCGAAGGGUUGGGUGGACAGCCGGAACCAGAGAAGCAUGGCAUAGCUGGCAUCAUCGCGAAGGAGCAGACAAUCGCCGACACCCAUACGAUCAUUAAUCUGCAAGGCAAAUCCGGCAUGAAAUAUGUCGUCUCCUAUCAGUUCUCAGACAAGCCAAAGCGCGCCAAAUUUUCUGCAGGUUGGCCAGCUUCCCAGGAGGACAACCGCACUCGUCUCGCUGAGGCUGGUGUGGUUAUGGAUGGUUUGGUUUUGAAGUGUGGGAAUUGCAAAGAGUUGGGCCAUGCUUCUAAGAACUGCGAGCAAGAGAAGCAGGAGCCUGCUGGGAAGGUUGCCAUCGUGCUCGCGACUGCACGCAGGAGCGCAAGUCCAACAAGCGUGAGUUGGAGGAUUGAUCGGUCAUCUCAACCACUUCGACAAAUAACAAGGAAUGAAUGGUGCAGACUGUGGAGGACACGUAGGAGGGACAAAAAGGACAAUCUCUGGCCUCGAGAGCUUGAAACACCCUCACUCCCCGCUCCGUUCACCAAAAGAAACGCCAACGGCAUUUUCGCAUCCUGGCUGCGUUGCGUUGAAGCAGUCCCUUCGUCGCGCCAGCAGCCAGGUCUUGGCCACCGCUACCACUCCAGUCAGCGAGACGAGAUCUCCUGCAAACCCGAGAUCCUCCGCCACUCCCGUGAGUCCAGCGAAUGGGCUGCGACAUGCCUGCACUGCGACCGUUCGCCACCUAAUACAUCCGAAUCACCUGAAGAUGGAGAUUCACCUAUAGAGACUUCGACUCGAAGAAUGGAGGACAUUCGGAACUCUUGCAGUAGAGACGAUGGCAGGGUGAAGCCGACAAGAUCCGGAGCGCCAAAGGGAGUUUGGGUCUACUGUCGGCUGCCUAGAGACCUCCAGCAAUGCAGUCUUCAGCGACUUAGGCAUCUUAUCCAAUAUGCGGCCUACCUUCCCAAGUUAUAG